GUAGUUGUUGUUAAUGCAGAAAUAGCCGGUUCUAAUAUUUCCUUUUGUGCAAAUACUACAUGUAUGCACAUCAGCUUUAGACACGAAGGGGAGGGAACACGGUAAUCGGAAUUGCAUACACUAUUGAUUCUCAGACAUCUACCCUGUGCUGUUGAGUAGUAGAGUAUGGCUGUCGACUUCGGCCCCUCGGGCUCGCUGAACAGACCUGUCUAAACGCCUCAUAAAGUCGGCUGACAAACUGGCGGACAGACAACGGUGUUGAUGAGGGAUUCUGGCGUCCGGAUGACAUAGACAAAAUAGGUGACAAGUUAAGAAAGUAAAUUUGAUAGCUGUAAGUGCAACCGCAUCAGCAGGUGGGCGAAAACGAAAGAUGGGUCGGUUAUCGAUACGAUUUUCCGCAUGGGCAGUCUACACCUUCACGUUACUCGCGUGUUACCCGUUUCUUACUAGCUGUGCACAUGCUGAAAAUAUGUCAGAGCCCGAGUCUUUUAAUUUCACCAGCGCCACUGGUGUGACUGUCACAAGUGUGUCAAGCCCAAAGGAUCAUCUGUUGACACCAUUGAUGACCACGGCCGCAGGUAUCGGGGCCUUUUACAACAACAACGUUAGUAGUGUUGACAGUAAGCCUGCUGCUGUUACUGGUCGGUAUAUAAACAACACAACGACUACCCCUGUCGGUGUCACUAUCGAAGACAUGGUCUUUACCGCCACCGAAACUAUAUCUCUAGACAUACCGCUUUCAAAACCAGUGGUAUUUGAUGUCUACCAAAAAAUUCCGACAAAGAUGCACUUCAGGAUUUCAGAAUCGCACAGUGACCUGCAGAUGACCUUGAACACCAGUGGUACAGUUGAGGAGAUAGUUAACAAUGUCAGGCUUUCAUAUACCAUCCAAGAGGAGGAAAAUGACACUGUGGUACAAGUUACAAUCAUUCAGUCUGUGGAAGCUGCGGUGCCCCCAAACCCGUGGAAAGUAUGGCAGAUUGUGGUGCCGGUAGUGCUGUGUGGACUCUGUGGCCUGGUGCUGGCAUUAUGUCUGGUGAAGUGUGUUAGACAAAGACGUGCUCGCUGCCAGAUGCGACCCUCCCACCCUACACUUGACGCAACACCUGGUUCCAGGAACUCGGAGACAGUCAUCACAAAGAGGUACAUUGGGGCUCCAUCUUACUUGGGCAGUCUUGAGAGUGCUCCACCAGAAGAAAUCUAUGACAGAUCGGCCUACAUCAUACGUGCACGGCCCGCCAAUCCCUACACCAUGGACGGCCACUUAGACAGGAUAUCUGAAGAAAGGGCAAGUGAAAUUAUGAUUUAA